GCAUUUGUUCUUAGCUGACUUGCUUGGUAGAAUGAAAAAAUUGUAAUAAUUGCUUAAAGUUUAGAAUGUCUCCAAAACCAUAUCAAUGUCUAGACAGAGCAUUUGGGCAUCGUCGGGCAGAAAGGUACGUGGAAUGACUCCAAUGCAAUGUAAGCAAGCAGGUCGGAUCUGCUGGAUACCAAUUACAUGUGCAUCAGGCUAUAAUUGCAUGUUAAUCAGGUUACCAGUAUCAGCUAAUGGUCCCCAGUGAACCCCAAACAAAUAGUGUGUAAGUAGGCUAAGUAUGUACGUAUCCCACAUCCUAUAAGGCUUGCACUGAUGAUUAAUAGUAAAUAGGCUAGUGUUUUGCAUUCUACCAAUCACCUGUUCCAGAUGCAAUCUUAUUCCAACUUUAAGCGCAAGCUCUUAGCCUGGCCUAUAUCGUAACUAGUUCCAACCACAGUUCAGGAACAAUAACUAAGAAUAUAGGCCUAUGGCAUUUUAGGUUAAGGACUGUCUCCACCACUCUGAAAUGCGACACAAGCGAAUCCUGCCAUAAUACUAGUAAUAGCGCGUUUCCGCAUUGGAUCAGCUGAUUCGGAGGAAGUAUGCGGAAGAAGUAAAUUCGAAACCUCAAGUAACCAAACAAAAUAGUGACCUUUUUGGAAAGCUACUGACAGUAAAGUUUUUAAAAUUUAUUUUAAAGCAGAAGAGUACCUGUACCAGUUCCACUCCAGUAGUUAUUUCACAGAGGUAGCCUAGUAACUGAACUGUCAUCAUCAUGGCAUGCAGCGACUCUAUGGUCACAAUGAAUGGAACCCAAGUUUCCUAUAUUGGACAUGACUGUGAGGACAUCCCAGAGUUCCUUGGAAAAAAAUAUGGAUUCUUGGCAAGACGGCUAGAUCUCAGCUUCAAUCAGCUAAGGUCACUGGCUGGCCUGAAAGCGUUCACUGGGCUGGAAGAACUGGUCGUCGACAACAAUCUGCUCGGAAACGACCUCCAGUUGCCCAGGUUACCCACCCUCCACACCCUGACACUCAAUAAGAACCAACUGACUGACAUCGAGGCACUGCUGGAACACUUGGCGGAGGCAACUCCGUCGCUGCAGUACCUCAGCCUGCUGGGAAACGAGGCCUGUCCCAACCAGCUGGUCAGCCUGGACAAGGAUGAGGAUGACUACCAGAGAUACAGGUACUUUGUUCUGCACAAGCUACCCACCCUAAAGUUCCUAGACACUAGGAAGGUUUGUAAGACAGAACAGCAGGAGGCUGAGGCACGGGGAGCCUUCAUGAAGGUGGUUAAACCCAUGUCAUCAGACAUGGUGGCCCCAGGUGACCCUAAGUCUGAGAGUUCCUCCACACUCUACACCCCUCUACCCAGAGGCUCUAGAGACGGCAAGAACCACAAAGAGAGCGCGAUGCGCUGCGUUGGUACUGGAGCGGGCAGGCAGUAGAUCUUAAUGGAGGCUCUGAGAGGAGGAUAUGAAGAUAACCUUGAGGAAAGAGAACAGAACCUCAAGGCCUUCCCUUACUGCCUGUCACUAUCACUAACCCACUGUGACAUCUUGGUCCAGAAUCUUGGCCCAGGAACUGCUCAAGUCACUGAUACACAAACAGCUGAUAUCCACUGAACUUUAAACAGUACUUUCAGGCAGCGCCCUAGCAUUUGUUUCUAUCCAGUUUUGUUUUUUUCUUUCUCAGAUAGAGCAGGUCAUCCAUUGUGUUAUGCUACAGUUAUUUUGUUGUUACUAUUAGCUGUUUUGGCUAAGCUGUCUCCAAGCGCCUACAGGAUACAAAUGAAGCGAUCUAAGGUAUCAGCGUUGUGAUGGGCACUCAAUAAUAUUUUACUUAAUUAAUUCCAAUGCCCUGAGCUGACAUCCAUCCCCUACAUACCACAGCUGGGGCUUGCUGGUCCAGCCAAGCACACAAUAUCCUGUGUGCUCUGAAACAUGUACCAUUACAAUUAGCGCUGUCAGGUCCUAGCCCUACAACCCUCAUGUAGAUAAUAUGAGAAGAUGUCUUAAGAACCACCUUACAUGCUCAAUAUUUCUCGCCUUAUGAAGAUUACACGUCAAUAAAGUCAUUGAGUCCCAGGGUGUGUGGCAAGUAAAGAUUGUGGUUAUUGGACUUAUUGGACAGGUGGGCAGUGAUGAACCAGGGUUAUAA